GAACGAACGAACGAGCGAGCGAACGAGCCAGCGAUCACACCCGAUUAUCAGCCGAAACUUGAGGGAGAGUGAGUGAGACUGUAAGUGAGUGAGUGUGUGUGCCACGGGAGUCUUUGGAACAUCCACAGCAGGAAACGCCCAGGUCUCAAGGCGGGAUAGCAUACCGCUCAACGCAUACUCAUUGGAAUUUGCUGUCGAGAAUAGGAGGAGGCCCUUUAGACGUCCGUCUCCUUGUCUUUACCAAUCUUUACCUACCUGAUUGGUCAAGGUGUCUGAAAGCGAAUAGCUGCUUCUACAAUUUGAAACAGAGUGGCUUUGUUGCUAUUGUGACCGCUACCGUGACUUUUCCCCUCUACCGUCCCUCCCUACCCCUGUCACCAUCAUGCCUAAGCCUGUCAACGUUCGCGUCACAACGAUUGACGCCGAGUUGGAAUUUGCCAUCCAACCUAAUACAACGGGCAAGCAGUUGUUCGACCAAGUGGUCAAGACCAUCGGGCUCCGAGAGAUCUGGUUCUUUGGCCUUCAAUAUACGGAUUCCAAGGGAUAUCAGACUUGGCUUAAGCUCAACAAGAAAGUGCUGAGCCAGGACGUGAAGAAGGAAUCGCCUCUCCAAUUCAAGUUCCGCGCCAAAUUUUAUCCGGAGGAUGUGGCGGAUGAACUCAUUCAAGACAUCACAGUACGCUUGUUCUAUCUGCAGGUGAAAAAUGCCAUUUUGUCGGACGAAAUCUAUUGUCCUCCAGAAGCAUCCGUCCUAUUGGCCAGCUAUGCUGUUCAGGCCAAAUAUGGAGAUUUCCAAAAAGAUGUCCACACGUCCGGGUUUUUGACUAGCGAUCGUCUCCUACCCGAGCGAGUAAUGCAACAGCAUAAGCUCACUCGGGAAGAGUGGGAGGAGAGAAUCACCAACUGGUACAUGGAACACAAGGGCAUGCUCAGAGAGGACGCCAUGAUGGAAUACUUGAAGAUUGCCCAAGACCUGGAGAUGUAUGGGGUCAACUACUUCGACAUUAAGAACAAGAAAGGCACUGAACUCUGGCUUGGUGUGGAUGCCCUGGGCCUAAAUAUCUACGAAAAAGAAGAUCGUCUCACACCCAAGAUUGGCUUCCCUUGGUCUGAAAUCAGGAACAUCUCCUUCAAUGAACGGAAGUUUGUCAUCAAACCCAUUGACACCAAGGCGCCCAAUUUCGUGUUCUUCGCUCCCCGAUUGAGGAUCAAUAAGCGCAUCCUCACCUUAUGCAUGGGCAACCAUGAGCUUUACAUGAGAAGGCGGAAGCCUGAUACCAUUGAGGUUCAACAAAUGAAGGCUCAAAACCGAGAAGAGAAACUAGCCAAGCAACAAGAGAGGGAGAAAUUACAACGUGAAAUUGCUGCGCGCGAGCGUGCCGAGCGGAUUCAAGCCGAAUACGAGGAUCGCUUGAAGGCUCUUCAAUCGGAUAUGGAAAAAAGGCAGAAGGAUCUGAUCGAAGCCCAAGACCAGAUUCGUCGAUUGGAGGACCAACUUCGGGAAACUCAAGCGGCCAAGGACGAUUUAGAGAAUAGCCAAAGGGAGCUGCAAGACAUGAUGAAACGCUUGGAGGAGAGCAAGAACUUAGAGGCCGAGGAGCGGGCGCGGCUUGAGGAUGAAAUCCGGACCAAGCAGCAUGAGGUGUCCUCCAUUUACGAGCAAGUCCAGAGCAAGGAAGAAGAAAAUCUCGCCCUUCAAAGAGAAAUGCAAGAGGCACGGAUGAAGCACGAGCAAGCCACUCAAGCUCUAGUGGCCGCCAGCACGACCCCGAGACAUCACCACGUGAAUGAUCACGAUGACAAUGAUGAGGACGACGAGGACGACGAGGAUGAAAACAACCACGAGGGAGAAGACGAGGACAUGCGCAAUGGUGACACGUCCCGAGACCUCCGCAUGGACAGUGAUGACAUCAAUGAUCCGGUCAAUGAGCGUCUGACCCUGGCCGAGCGUAACGAACGCCUUCAGAAUCAACUCAAGUCCUUGAAAGAGGAUCUGGCUCACACGCGCAAUGACGCCGGCGAGACCACGAUGGAUCGCAUUCACAAGGAGAACGUCAAGCAAGGCAGAGACAAGUACAAGACCCUCCGGGAAGUGCGUAAGGGAAACACGAAGCGACGAGUCGAUCAGUUUGAGAACAUGUAAGACAAGCGAACACACCCCCAUCCCAAAAAAUCAUCCACACCCACACCCACUCACACUGAACAGAGAUUUCCUCCCAUCCUGCCUAGAUGUGUAAGUUUUCAUCAUCUUCGACGAGUAAGGAGUCGCAAUCAAACGAUCUGUAUUCAUGAUCUGGAGCCCCAUAUUUUCAAUUUAAUUUCCACUGAGACUACUACUUUAUUUUCAUAUAAUUAUUAUCAUCAUCAUCAUCAUCAUUACUACUGUCAUCAUCACUAAUAGCACCAGCACCCAAGAUCAUUGCUGUCCCUCUGACCCAGAUUCCGAUCGAUUCCUACAUAUCUUUACUUGUUAAGAGAAAUAAGUUUAUUAGCCUUUACCGUCUAUCCAGUGCGUGGUUUAGGUGAUCUUGGAAACUCAUCAUUCCGUUCUUCCACUCACUACUCUGUGGUGAUGCAACGUUGUGAUAUAGAUUUGCAUUUCAAUCCUGGCCACGAAUCCUCACUCUUUGAGAAGCAGAUUACAGGGUUCAAGCCGCUUUUCGGCACGCCAGCCCAAUUUUCUACAUAUCUCUCGUCCAUGUUUCUCUACCUUUCCCAUGCAAAUUGGUUUUUACGAUUAGCCGUCGUUACGAUUCCAACACGCCUUGAAAAAACAACCGGCCAAAUGAAGUAGCCAGUCCAGCCUUAUUUCACUUACUACUGUUUGUACGACAUUACAGGACUUUCCCACAUGCGGAACAGCCUUAUGAUGAAAAUAUGUCCGUCCAUCAAGCCACGCAAACCUUGUUUUCAAAUGUAUGACGCCACGAUAAUUGGAAAAAAACAACAUUGGAAAGCCAGUGUA